CAGGCACGAUGCGGCGCGAGAGGGCCGGGCCGGGCUGGCACGGCACGGUUCAAGUCCGAGCUCUAGUCGCAGGGAUGGAGAUCACCAAGUCAGAGACGACUACUAGAGUACCAGUGUCUUCCGCGAUGAUUCCGUCAGGAAGUAGAAUACUACAAGCCCAGUCAUCUGGAGCCUAUAAAGUCAUGGAUAUCUUCCGCUCGAAAGUUUCCAGGAUUCUUUGCCACUCCGCUUUCUACGCCCUGCCUCGCAAAAUCCAUACAAAAAGAGUGUCCACCUGAUCUGUUCCCAACAGCGCCGGCGCCGGCUCGCGGCCAGCCAUGGCGAUCGAAGGUGAGCAGCGGCCGCUGCACAUCCUCUUCUUCCCGUUCCUCUCGCCGGGGCACCUCAUCCCGGCCGCCGACAUGGCUGCGCUCUUCGCCACCCGCGGCGUAAAGUGUACCAUCCUCACCACACCCGUGAACGCCGCCGUCAUCCGCUCGGCGGUGGAACGCGCCAACGACGCCGAGGGCGCCCUGGCCAUCGACAUCGCCGUCGUGCCUUUCCCCGACGUCGGGCUGCCCCCCGGCGUCGAAAGCGGGCCGGCUCUUAAUUCGGAGGCCGACCGCGGGAAGUUCUUCCACGCGAUUCAACAGCUCCGGGAGCCCUUCGAUCGGUUCCUGGCGGAGAGCCGCCCCGACGCCGUCGUGUCCGACAGCUUCUUCGACUGGUCCGUGGACGCCGCGGCCGAGCACGGCGUCCCGCGGCUGGCGUUCCUCGGCAGCAGCUUGUUCGCGCGGGCCUGCAGCGUUAGCAUGCUGCGCCACAACCCCGUGGAGGCCGCCCCUGAUGACCCCGACGCGUCCGUGCUGCUUCCUGGGCUGCCACACCGCGUUGAGCUGAGGCGCAGCCAGAUGAUGGAUCCCAAGAAGCGGCCGGACCACUGGGCCUUCUUCCAGCGCGUGACCGACGCGGACCAGAGGGGCUACGGCGAGGUGUUCAACAGCUUCCACGACCUGGAGCCGGACUACCUGGAACACUACACCACGACGCUCGGGCGCCGCGCGUGGCUCGUCGGGCCGGUCGCGCUCGCCAGCAAGGACGUGGCGACGAGGGGCGCCGCCGCCAACGAGCUCUCGCCCGACGCGGACGGCUGCCUGCGGUGGCUCGAAGGUAAGCCGUCCGGCUCGGUUGUGUACGUGUCCUUCGGCACGCUGUCCCAUUUCUCGCCGCCCGAGCUGCGCGAGCUCGCUCGCGGCCUCAACCUGUCCGGGAAGAACUUCGUCUGGGUCAUCGGCGGCACGGACACCGAGGAGCAAGAGUGGUUGCCCGACGGGUUCGCGGAGCUCCUGGCGCGCGGCGACCGUGGGCUCAUCAUCCGCGGCUGGGCGCCGCAGAUGCUGAUCCUGAACCACUCCGCCGUGGGCGUCUUCGUGACGCACUGCGGGUGGAACUCGACGCUGGAGGCCGUGAGCGCCGGCGUACCGAUGGUAACGUGGCCGCGGUACGCCGACCAGUUCUACAACGAGAAGGUGGUCGUGGAGCUGCUCAACGUCGGGGUCGGCGUCGGGUCCACUGACUACGCGUCGAAGCUGGAGGCCCGGCGCGUGAUCGGCGGCGAGGUGGUCGCGGAGGCCAUCGGGAGGGUGAUGGGCAACGGCGAGGAGGGGGAGGCGAUAAGGGAGAGGGCCAGGGUGCUCGGGGAGAAAGCUAGACUCGCGGUGGAGAAGGGCGGGUCCUCGUAUGAUGAUGUCGGACGGCUGAUGGACGAGCUGAUGGCUCGCAGGGGAUUGUGAAUAUCUGAUUGGUGGAAGCACGUCAAGAGUGGGAGACUGCGGAUUUGGCGGCGUAUGCAAAUCUGAAUUGUUUUCGGGGAUUCGCUUUUAAGUACAGGGGUUAGGACCGUGGUAACAUUGUACAACCGGUAUUACUACUUCAGUACUUUUGUAGUUAGUUCCCGGUCAAAUAAUCGAUACUAAGGGGAGUCUGAUUUGCCAUUACUACCUCGUCUAAAAGAAAUCUACGGAGUUGUUCCUGAAUUGCUCUGAUUUUUUCCA